UUACCCCGGCCGCGCUCAGUUCGGUGGUGCUGCUGCUGCUGCGCAGAGAGGAGGCGCGGGAAGGGACGGUCGCUCCUGCUGCGAGUUAGUGCGGGGACCAAGGCUCCUAGCGUCUAAUGCCUCUGCGCCAGGCCACCAUGCACAGGAGACAUCUCCAGGAAAUCCCAGCUUCAGACAGCAAUGUUUCCACAAGCUUCACAUGGUCAUGGGACCCCACCAAGACAUCAGAGCUACUCUCAGGCAUGGGAGUGUCUGUCCUUAAGAAAGAGAAGCUGGGCAGUGAGAACACCCCUCAGGAGCUGCUAGUGUCUCUUUAUCCUCCUCAGAAACGACAGAAAGUGAAAGAGAAGGACAAGGACUUUGUGAUUGCACGCAGGCCUAGGCUGCUCCGAGAGACAGAGUCAGGUAUUUCUUGGGAUGCACUGCCAGAUGAAUUGCUAUUGGGGAUCUUUGCAUACUUACCCCUAGCUGACCUGUUAAAAGUUUCCCAGAUUUGCAAGAGGUGGCAACGCCUAGCGUUUGAUGAAUCGCUGUGGCAGACCCUUGAUCUGACUGGUAAAAAUCUACUGCCAGGAGUGAUUGGGCAGUUGCUCCCUGUGGGUGUAACUGUAUUCCGUUGUCCAAGAUCCUGUAUUGGGAAACCACUGUUUAAAAACAACCGACCUCUUAGAGUGCAACAUAUGGACAUGUCCAACUGCACAAUAAAUGUUGCAGAUCUCCAUACUAUUCUUUGUCGUUGUGAUCGACUACAGAACCUCAGCUUGGAAGGACUGGUGCUUUCUGAUGAUAUCGUUAGAAGCAUCGCUCAGAAUUCCAGUUUGGUGCGAUUAAAUCUCUCUGGAUGUUCUGAAUUUUCUGCAGAAGCAUUGGAGAUGAUGUUGAUCAGCUGUUCUGGAUUAGAAGAGCUAAACUUGUCCUGGUGUGACUUCACAACUGAUCACAUUAAAGCAGCAGUCAACCACAUUUCUACAAAUGUAACCCAACUAAAUUUUAGCGGAUACAGACAAAAUCUACAGAUAUCAGAUAUCAAGACAUUGGUGACAAGAUGCCCGUAUCUCAUCCAGUUAGAUUUAAGUGACAGUGCAAUGUUGAAGCCUGAAUGUUUUCAAUAUUUUCAUCAGCUCAUCUGCCUACAGCAUUUGUCUCUUAGUAGAUGUUAUCAGAUAUCUCCUGCUGACUUACUUGAGCUUGGUGAAAUUCCCACACUAAAGACUCUUCAAGUUUUUGGAAUAGUGACUGACAAUUCCCUACAGCUCCUAAAAGAAACGCUUCCCCACAUAAAGAUCAAUUGUUCGCAUUUUACAACCAUUGCACGGCCAACUGUUGGCAGCAAAAAGAACCAGGAGAUCUGGGGCAUCAAAUGCAGACUGACACUGAGAAAUUCUAGUGGUUUGUGAUGCAGCGUUUGCUGGAUAUUUCCUUUUGUUGUCACCAAGCGUGGUGUGCUUCCUCAAGAAACCCAAACACUGGAGCAUCACUCUAGGUCUUCUUGUAAAAAAGUGUUUUAACUUGGUCUUGUGCUAUAAUUUACUUUCAUAAGUAUAUUUUUAUAUUGUCCUUCUCUUACUGUGUCCAGAAAUCCAAUCAGGUAUGAGUAAUUGUAAGCAUUUUAAAAGUCAAUCUUGCUUUUGCAAAAAUCUUUCUAAAAGCAAGUGACUAUUGCA